CCCCCCCCCCCCCCCCCCCCCCCCCGGCGGAGUUGGCUGGAGGAGACUGCGAUUCUAUGUUUCGUAGCUUACAUCUUUUGUAAGGCGCCCCGAAAUGUUCGCUGCGGACAGUAGUGCCUUGUGCGCUAGACGUGAAGCCCGCCUCUCAGAGCGACGGAAGUGGGUGAAAGUAUUUGAAGCAUGUGAUGAAGAUAACAAAGGUUAUCUAAGCAGAGAAGACUUUAAAGUUGCUGUAGUUAUGCUGUUUGGUUACAAACCAUCAAAGAUAGAAGCAGAUUCUGUUAUGUCAGCAAUAAAUUCAAACACUUCAGGUAUAUGCCUUGAAGAGUUUAUAAAACUCAUGGAGAAAAAGAAGGCAGCCCAACUUUAUCAGAAUGAAGUAAGACAGAUCUUCACAGCUUUUGACAGGCAAUAUCGUGGAUUUUUAACUUUGGAAGAUUUCAAAAAAGCCUUCAGACAAGUGGCUCCCAGGUUGCCAGACAGGAUUGUGCUUGAAGCUUUCAGGGAAGUGGAUCAGGAUUCAGAUGGACAUGUCAGCUUUAAAGACUUUGAAUAUGCAAUGAACUAUGGUCAAAAUGAAGCAUAAAUAUUGGGAUCUGCUUAUGCCAAAUUCCAGAAGGCAAGGGAUUUAAUUCAGAAUCAACACAAUAUCCAGUGUUUUAAAGAACUGCUUUCAAGACUCUUGUAAAAUUUAUCCUGUUCUUAAUAGAUUAUAAAUAUGUAAUUCAGUAUGUUUUCAUUUUGAAUCAUUCCAAUUUACAAAUAAUAUCACUUUAAUUAUGCACUCCCUGUGAUUAGACUCUUUCUUGAUUCUAGUUUUUAAUGUGACUUUUAGCUUUUAUAAUGGUUUAGUCUCUUUGCUAAUAAUACAUUAGAGGAAGUUGGAAUAUGAUAUGAUAAAAAUUUAAGCGUCUCAGAAUUCUAGUGGAUAAUCACAUGUAGAUUAUUACUGAUAAAAGGAUAGUCUAUUACCUGGCCAGUAAUUUUAAAGGAGAAUAUAUUAAAAAGUGAAAUGUCCAAACUGUAAUUCCAUUUGGAAAGGCUGAUUAAAAACAUUAAUGUAAAGAGAAUUUGAAGGAAGAGGUUAUUGAAGGGCAAAUCAGUUAAACUGAGAGAAAGAAGUUACUUUUAAGCCUUUAUGAUAAAAACUGAGUAUAGUUUCUAUUCUCAUCAGUUUGAUAGUUGCUAGAAUAGAUAAUGUAUGAUAGGGAACACUAUGGAAGAGAAAGAUGUCAUGGAAUUUCAUUUCCCUGGUAUACAUUUGUAAAUAUAUAUAAGAAAGAUAUUUACAAGGCCUGGAAAGACUUGCAUAAACUGAAGCUAAGUGAAGUGAGUAGAACCAAGAGAACGUUGUACACAGC